GGCCGGCAGCGCGCCGCCCCUCACUCCUCCUCGUUUCCUCCGACUGAGGCCCCUCUGCAGACUCUUCACAUGGACGUGUGGGGCCCAGCCCGCGUCCGUGGACAGGGUCACGAGCGCUACUUCCUCCUGGUCGUUGACGACUACUCGCGUUACACCACAGUCUUCCCCUUGCGCAGCAAGGGUGAGGUCCCUGAGGUGUUGAUCGACUGGAUCCGCGGUGCUCGUCGCCAGCUCAGUGAGAGUUUCGGCUCAGACCUUCCGAUUCUGCGCCUGCACUCGGACAGAGGCGGGGAGUUUUCCUCCGACCUCCUGAGGGCCUUCUGUCGUUCGGAGGGCAUCCGCCAGACGUUCACGCUUCCGGCCUCCCCGCAGAAAAAUGGGAUUGCUGAGCGCCGCAUUGGCAUGGUCAUGGACGUCGCUCGUACGUCCAUGAUCCAUGCGGCUGCUCCCCAUUUUCUGUGGCCGUUCGCGGUUCAGUACGCGGCGCAUCAGAUCAACCUUCAGCCUCGUGUCUCCUUGCCGGAGACCACACCUACUCUGCGGUGGACGGGGAAGGUUGGCGAUGCGUUCGCGUUUCGUGUCUGGGGAUCUCGAGCUUUUGUCCGCGAUACUACUGAGGACAAGCUGUCCUCCCGUGCCGUUCCCUGUGUCUUCCUUAGCUUCCCUCCUGACGCACCCGGGUGGCAGUUCUACCACCCCACCUCGCGUCGUGUUUUGUCCUCUCAGGACGUCACGUUCGACGAGUCGGUGUCGUACUACUGUCUCUUUCCCUACCGCACUGCCUCUCCCCCCCCCCCGCCGCUCUUCCUCGCACCAGGUACUCCCCUGGUAGACCCCCUCCCCCCCCAGGGUCCUGCCCCCUCAGGUGUGUCCCAGGUAGACCCUGCCGAGCCGAUCGAGGUAGCUGUCGACUCAGGUGCUGCUAGGGGUGCUGAGACUGGGGGUGCUGAGACUGGGGGUGCUGAGACUGGGGGUGCUGAGUCUGGAGGUGCUCUGGGUGUCCCGUCGCGGCGGGAGCCCCUCUCUCCACAGCGGCUUCGUGAGUGGUACUCUCGGCGCUGUCGAGGUGCUGCUGGUGCUGGAGCUGCUGGAGGUGCUGGAGGUGCGACAGGAGCUACUGGAGGUGCUGGCGCUGUUGGAGGUGGUGCUGGUGCUGGAGCUGCUGGAGGUGCUGGUGGUGCUGGAGCUGCUGGAGGUGCUGCUGGUGCUGUAGGUGCUGGAGGUGCUCCUGGAGCUACUGGAGGUGCUGGCGCUGCUGGAGGUGGUGCUGGUGCUGGAGCUACUAGAGGUGCUGCUGGUGCUGGAGCUGCUGGAGGUGCUGCUGGUGCUGUAGGUGAUGGAGUUGCUACUGGAGCUACUGGAGGUGCUGGUGCUGCUGGAGGUGGUGCUGGUGCUGGAGCUGCUGGAGGUGCUGCUGGUGCUGGUGCUGGAGCUGCUGGAGGUGCUGCUGGGACUGGAGACCCUAGGGCUGAGGGUACCGGUUCUGUCUCUGCUGUUUCUCGAGGCGCUGCGCGGCCGCGGCCGUACUACGUUCCCCUCCUUCAGCAGGUUCUUGGCUUCCCGCCUUCUCCUGGUCCUCCUCCUCCUUUCCUUAGUCCACCGCCUGUCCAGUCUCAGUCGCAGUUGCAGCCGGCCCCUCCCCUGCCUGGUCCUUCUCCUUACUCUGGUCCGACUAGAGGUCUUACGGAGCGUCGUGAGCCUGAGUCGCGUCGUGUGUCGCCUGCGUCUCGUUCUGCGUCGCAUGUCCGCACUGUUCGCGCUGGUCGUGUUUCGCGUCCACGUCUUCCACCUGUCCCAGGCACUCACUCUAUGACACCGCGUCCUUCUACUGCUUCACAUCGUGUCCCUCUGCCCUCUCCUCCUGCGUCCUCUCUUCCUGACGGUCCGGACCCGGAGUCUGACUCCCUUCGUGCUGCUAGUCCUACUGUCACGUGCUUUCUGGCCACUGCUGUCACUGACCCUCUGUUUGAGUCCACCGCUGCGUCUGCUCUUAUUGCUGAGCUUGUUGACUUUGCUGCAGCCUGUCGCCUAGAUUACGCCACUAGUCUUGUUGCUGCGUCUGCGUCUGUCUGUCCUCCGUCCGUCGGGGGUGAGUGUGCUCUUGGCACGGACGUUCUUCAGGACAGACAGGAGGACCUUGAGUGCUUUGCCGCUGCUUCACCUCAUCUCGUGUCCAUGCUGCUUGCCCCUGAGGGAGACCCGGAUGCACUAGACAUCCCGACCCCGCGCUCUUACGCAGAGGCGAUAGAGGGUCCCUACUCCUCUCAGUGGCAUGCAGCCAUGGACGCAGAGAUGGCUUCCUGGAAGUCCACAGGCACCUACGUAGACGAGGUUCCCCCACCUGGGGCGAACAUCGUCAGUGGCAUGUGGAUCUUCAGGGUGAAGCGGCCGCCGGGUUCUCCGCCUGCCUUCAAGGCGCGUUACGUUGCACGUGGCUUCAGUCAGCGACAGGGAGUUGACUUCUUUCAGACCUUCUCCCCUACCCCGAAGAUGACCACUCUUCGGGUACUGCUGCACGUCGCUGCUCAGCGUCACUACGAGCUCCACUCGCUUGACUUCAGCACAGCCUUCCUGUUAUAG